AAUCUCAAAAUAAUGAAGAUAAUGAUGUCGUUGAUCUUCUGGAAUUUCGAAAUAAUAAAGAUAAUGAUAUCGUUGAUGAUUCUUUAAAUAAAAAUCAGGAUCCACUGAAUUUGCCUCUUCACGUUAAUGCGACCAAAAAAAAUCCAACUCUUGGUGGAAAAAGGCUGUUGCGGUCAUCACAAUCCGGUUUGCAAAAUGCAUCUAAUAAUGGGCAAGGUACUACGAUCAUUAAUAAUUAUUAUUUGAAUGGCGAUCAUAUUACAAUUAAUCAAUAUUGA